CUCUCGGGAUUCGGGUGCCCACCCGGACGCGUGAGGCGGCUGCGCGAGCGGAACCCAGGUAGUCGGGGCUCGGUGCCUGCCGGGACCUGUGUGGCGGCGCGGGAGGAAGUGCAGCGCCUGCUGCAAUAGGCCUUGAGCCUGGGCCAUGCAGAGCCAGUUGACCAUUCCUGUGCCAGUGCCGGUGCUCCGCCUCCCCCGGGGCCCGGAUGGCUUCAGCCGAGGCUUUGCACCUGAUGGACGCAGGAUCCUCCUGAAGCCAGAAGUCGGAGAAGAUGGAAGUCAAGAUCCUCCAGAGUCACAGGAGCAGCGGGCCCGAGCGGCUCUCCGAGAACGCUACCUCCGCAGCCUCCUAGCCAUGGUGGGGCACCCUGUGAGCUUCACGCUGCACGAGGGUGUGCAUGUCACCGCCCAGUUUGGAGCCUCGGACCUGGAUGUAGCCAAUUUCUACGUGUCCCAGCUGCAGACCCCCAUAGGCGUGCAGGCUGAGGCCCUGCUUCGUUGUAGUGACAUCAUUUCCUAUACCUUCAAGCUGUAAAGACUGUCUGGUGUUUCUCUUGUGGGCAUUGCCACAGUAGCCCAAAUCUCUAGCUCUUCCUGGGCUCUCAAAGCAAGCUCCAGUGAACUCUGGCUUUGAACGCAGAGGAACUCCAAACCUGGUGGCACUUGCUGCUGAUCCCGGCUCCCUAAAUUCACGGCCAGCCUAUGCUACCCUGGGAGGCUGCAACCACAGACAUUCUGUCUUUCUUGUUGGAAGGAACGUUCUGCCUCACAAAACUGAACUUUACAGAAAUAAGGUCCUGAGGCUAGUCCCUGAAGGCUGGAUACAGUAGGCACUGAAGAGCUUGCAAAGUUGAGCCUCUGACACUGUCUUUCUCCUGCUGCCAAAGAAACCAUCGUCCAGGGAAA